AUGUUCAACACGACCGUGAAUUUCUCCGUAGAAUUGUCCAACGGAACCACCCUUUCGCCACAAUCGCGGGUGGUAUGGCCAUUCGACUCGAUCAUGACCUUAACAUGCAGCAUCCUUAUGGCCAUCUUAAACUCAGCGCUAGCCGCCAUAUUUCUCGUUAAACGUGAUCUACGUUCCGCCUUCGCAUCCUACUUAACCGCCCUGCUCCUCUUCAACGUCCUGGUGUCCAUCCACGGGUUCCUGUACGUUAUCAAAUCCCAGUAUCCAGUGUACAUGCGCAGUCACCGCUUAUGUGAUUUCCGCCUGUAUGUUUCUUGGGUGGUGACGGGAAUUCCGUUGAAUCUCCACGUCCUAAUCACGAUUAACCGCAUCUGGGCCAUCGCCUUUCCGAUGUCCUACCGUAACCACCAUUCUCCGCGGUUGGCAUGGAUGCUGGUCGCGGCAGUGACGGUCUACGUGCAUGUUGUGUGCUUGCCGGGUGUAGUACUCGAUGGGAUUUACUAUCGGAUGCCGGUAGAGAAAGGUUGUGUAAUUAAUACUCUAGCCCAGCCGCGGUGGAACCAAACGGCGAUGCUGCUCAUCUUCGAAUUUCCCGUUGCCUUCAUCGGCGUUUCCUGGAUCUAUCUGCUGGCUAAGCAACGCCGGCAUCGACACUCGGUGGGGACUAUAGCCCUGGUGGCAAUGGGAACGCAGGUGCAGGACGGACCGACGCCACCCCGGAAUGAAAAUACCGGGAAAAUGCAGUCGAAUAGGAGACGGUUUAGCCGAGGAUUUGUUGUGUUUUCCGCGCUAACUCUCAGUGCGGUUUUAUGCUGGACACCGUACGAAACCUACUACGUUAUCUGGGCGUUUGUGGACCUGAAUGAGACGGAUCAGCGCUUUGUAAUGCUGUGCUUGGGCUUAUACUUGAUCCAACCGGUCCUGGAUCCUGUUCUCAUUGUCCUGACCAUGCCGGAUUUGCGGAGGACGAUUAGGGGAAUUUUUGAUAAAAUGAAGGCGGUUUUUACCCGAUCUUGA